CUAGUUUCUGGGACUUCCAAUUCGCCAGCAGCUUAUUACGAACUACUUCUCAAUCACGAUCACCUAAGAUUACCUUCCACCUUUGUAGAACUUCGACUUCGCAGCGACAACUCCAAUUUCUACAUCCGAUUUUUUCGAAUCAACUAUCGAGUCAGUACAUGGGGCGAAACAUGGUAUAGAUGGUACAAGUACUCAAAUUUAAGUUGUGCUGAUGAAGAGCCCCAGGCCCAGCCAGUACUGAUUGGCACUAAUUAAGUACCGAAUUAGUCCUCGUUGUAGAUGAAGGACGAGUAGAGCGUCAACAUGUCUCACUACUAUGGUGGCGGCUACGGCCGCGGCGGCGGGGGAGGGCGAUAUGAGGGAAACCAAAGUUCCGAGAACACCGUCACGCUGCCCAGUCUUUCGGACCCCUUUAUUCGGCAGGCCAUCGCUGCUCCCGUCGCGCCCUCCGUGAACUUUGCGCCAAACCAGCACAUCAAGCUCGGUGUCAUGAAAUACAAAGUCAUCUUUGGUACGUCAUGAAAAGACUGUUUAUCCUCUUUUUACGGUUAAGCAGCGCUGUAGCAUAUCCGAAUUUUUCCUCGCACAGAAUUCCACUUGUUUUUCUGCACGACAUAGACGCAUGUAUGAAAUGCCAUUCUACUACAUUAAAAACGACCACUCAGAUUUCGUUUCUAGUGCCCACGAUAUGUGGCGAACCGAGUACAGUGCGAAGGAGCAGGGUCGGGGUUCCGAACAGAACGUGGCCGAGCGGCACGUCCGGGAUUUCCGCAGCGCGAUAAAAGGCUGCAGCCGGAAGAAGGUGAAAAGUAUCGACUGGAACCCUGAUGGGACGCAGCUUCUAUACGGGUUUAACGACGGAACCAUACGGAUUUACGACGCGGAAAAGCUCGAGCUUGUCGCGACAUAUGGGGAUUCCAGUACACGACUUUGAGUCUUGAUAUUUCACGUAGUUCUGGCACUCUUCUUACUUUUUCUUUUUGAGUCCAUUCGCGACCUCACCUCGUCGUCGUCUUGUCAACUGCUAUCCUUCCCACGUCGCAUCACAGGUAGCCGUAGAGCCGCGAACAACGAUUUCUGCUCCGGUUGCUUCGAUCCAGUGUUCGGCACCGUUACGUGCGUGAGCGAAACCGGCCGGCUGGUCAUCUACGACCCCCGCACGCCGCCGUCGAAGUCCGCGAGCAGCUCCGAGCCGAUAACCAGUCUGCACGACGCGGAUCUGACGAAGACAAACUCCCACAUGACCAACUUUUCGGAGGUCCAGGCCAGUCCUUGUGGCGGCGAAUACGCGAUCCACACCGCGGGACACCGCAUCCACUUUCUCACCCGAGAUUUCGACCCGGAAAUCCAGAAGCAAAACAAGUUUGUCCUCCGGCUUCCCUACCAAGCGAUGGACUUCAGCCACGCAGUCUCGAAAGUGGACAAAGCGGAGCGGGAAGCGGAAAACGCGGGCGGUGACGGCAGCUCAGCGAAAAUUGACGUCGGGGAAGGCGAGAUGGACGGUUCCGCACUAAACUCGUUCACGUUCAGUACAGACGGAGCAAACAUCUACACAGCGCACCAAAGCGGAAACAUACAGAUGCACAAGGUAUUUCUCCCUUACAGCUCGACAACGCGUCUAGUUUUUCGCAUGAAAAGCGCAAUCUGUGUUUGCGAUAGCUUUCAGUUUCAGAAGAUGAAAGCGACAAUAGGUACGAGUAUCAAUAUUCGAAUGGCGAAGGUUUCGGCAUUUUUUUCGAUUUUUAUGCGACUGCAUACUGCAAAGAAUAAGAAACCUUGCAGCUUACCUUCUUGCUUUCAUAUUUUAUUCCUACACUCUGGCUACAACAGCUCGCCAACCCGCGCGGUCCCCGACAGGGCGGGUGGCACUCGCGCACCAAGACCUGGCAAGCGCACCGCGGCCCGGUGUCAUGUGUCACGACGGGCGGCGACUUGCUCGCGACGGCCGGUUUUGACAACGAAGUACGCAUCUGGGACGCAACCAACCCGACACAGUGUCUGAACAGCUGCAUCCAGGGCGUGCAGCCCGUGUCCAACAUGAGUUUCAACUACGAUUGCAACGUCCUCGCCCUCGGUUUCGGUCCCCCGACCGGCCAGGAGCGCAUCCGGCAGCACCACCUGAAGUUAAUCGGCGCCGCGAACGCGGGCUCGUCGGCCCAGCGCCAGGCCGAGAUGCUCUACGAGAAGAACAUCGUGUUUCUGCACCCGCGGACCGGCGAGCCGUACUUCCACGGCGACGCCGCGAACAGCGACAACCCCCUGUCCCUCCCCGGGGCGACGACCUGUAUGAAAUGGAACCCCGUGAAGAAUGUGCUGGCCUUUUCGAUGCUCGAAAGCCAGUUCUCCGACUCCCUCCCGGAUGAGUCCACGGGAUCACGGGGAAACUCCGCCUACAACAGUCGACUAACGCCCGUCACACUGAAAAACUCUAUGUGCCAGGUGUUGCGCUUACCAGAAGUAAAAACACAAGAUCCAGAAGACGACGUCUUUUGAGAUUUUUUUGGAACGACAAUGAACUGCUGCUAAAAAUACGCACCUCCUCCUGUGUCAUUCACUUCUCAGCGAGCAAACAGUGUCGACAAUGGCCACGAAGUCGAAAGUACAAGUAGUGCCACGAAGAACUUAAAACUUCCUCUGCCUUUCGGCAUCAGCAUGACCUGGAUAAAAGCCCUCUUCGUACUAUUAGC